AUCCUGUCCAAAGCAUCACAGUAGCCAUUCGAGCGAUACCAAGUUCGAAUGAGCUGCAUAACAAGUCCACAAAAUCCGCGCGGUGGGGCAGAAUUACAGUAGAGCUGAUGAUAUCAAUACCCGAUCGGGAAAACUCAUCUUAAUCUCACGACCACCAUAUCCCAGACCCAGCCACAAACACCAUUUGUAUACAAGUAUACCAAACCAUCCUAACCCGCUUAAAUUUCCAAAAACCUGCAAAAUGGACUGGGAUCCAACCCAAUUCUUCCGCACCGACGCACACAAACCCCCCUCCCCAUAUGCCCUCCUCGUCCUGAACCAGCCCAUCAACGAGAAAGCGUUCAGGGUGUUACGGGAACAUGCAAACUACACGAUCUGCGCCGAUGGCGGCGCAAACCGCUUCUACGACCUGAUGCGAAAAAAUGGCCUUGAAUCUACCAUUCUCCCCGACUGUAUAAUAGGCGACCUAGACUCCAUCCACACCUCCAUCCGCAAUCACUACUCAUCCCUAGGUGUAACCAUAAUCCAAGACCCAGACCAGUACUCGACGGAUUUCACCAAAUCGCUUAAAUAUCUGCGCACACAUACCCAAAAUAUCAUCUCCAGGACUUCCUCUUCUCAUUUCCCAGAAAAUCAAACAGUGAGAAAUGCAAACGGGAGGUUGGAAAUCCUCAUCUUAGGCGGUCUCGGCGGCCGCGUCGACCAGGCGUUCUCGCAGAUCCACCAUCUCUACCUUAUGACGAGGAGCUACUCGUCUGACCAAGCGGCUGGGAAUUUGUAUCUUGUGUCGGAGGAGAGUUUGACGUUUAUCUUGCAGCCGGGGAGGAAUGUUAUUCGAACUCCCAAAACAAACCGACCCAUUCCUGGGUCGGCCGCUGAUUCUACUGACAUCGCCGGUUACUGUGACCAUCUCCUUGAAGAGAACGUCGGGAUAAUACCGAUUUCCGGACCGGCAAGAAUUACCACGAAAGGAUUUCAGUGGGAUGUUGAGGAUUGGACGACGGAGAUUGGGGGCCAGCUUAGUACGAGUAAUCAUAUUCGGGCUGACGUGGUGGAGGUUACGGCUGAGGUGCCAAUUUUGUUUACAGUGGAGUUAGCGAAGAGAUUUAAGAGGGUCCGAUGAACCUGUAUAAGGAGUUAAUAGAUUUAAAAAAUGGUGGAGCGAUACCUACAGUGGAUAACAAGUCAUACAAUUCAUUCAAUACGACCAAAUGCU